AUGGCGGGUGUGUGGCUGCUGGCUGUCUGCUGUUUACUAACCAGUGUUUCGCAUAUUUCAGGGAAAUACGCAGAAGGAUCUAUUGUCUCUUUAAAGGGUUGGGUCUUCCUCGACAGCUUUCUCUUCCCCGCCGGCGACGGUGCUUCAUUCAAAUACAACAUCUCAUAUCCAAGGCAAUACGCUCCUUUGCAACUUCUGUUCUAUGGUGGCGAUCAGUUUGCGCAGGCCAACGACCCCUUCAAAUCCUGUCAACAGAAGAUCGCCCUGCUGCAGUAUCCCUCCUAUUCCGGGCAGGUUCUCAGUCUGGACACCACGAAACCCAGCUCAGGAUGUUACAACCGUUACGACGCCUUCAAGGGAGACUACGUCUUCUGUGUCGGGAGGUUCAACAUCGACAUCGACAGCAGCUCUGGGUGGUUCGUGACAGCGAACCGGUGCGGGGAUCAGAAUGGCUUCACUGGCUUGUAUCUACAAUAUCGUAUCGAGAGCAUUGGGGGCUUGGAUGACAUUUUCCCUUUUCACUCAGGUCAGGGACAGGUUACUCUUCCUGUCUUGACCUUGAUGAUUAUGGCAACCUUCGGACAGUUUGUUGUUUGAGAAACAAUUAAACGGCAACAUCGGACCAUUUUGAAAAUACUGAGAUAACGGAAACCAGUACAUUUUGUAAUAAUUGAUGUCAUGCACAAAUAUUUGGAGUAAUAAACAAAUCAACAUUU